GGACAUACACUAUAUUGCCAAAAGUAUUGGGACACUUGCCAAAAGUAUUGGAUUCAGGUGUUCCAAUCAUCUCCAUGGCCACAGCUGUAUAAAAAUAAGCACCUAGACAUGCAGACUGCUUCUACAAACAUAAGUGAAAGAAUGGGUCGCUCUCAGGAGCUCAGUGAAUUCAAGCGUGGUACAGUGAUAGGUUGCACCCUGUGCAAUAAGUCCAUCCGUGAAAUUUCCUUGCUACUAAAUAUUCCACGGUCAACUGUUAGUAGUAUUGUAACAAAAUGGAAGCAAAUGGGAACAACAGCAGCUCAGCCACAAAGUAGUAGGCCAUGUAAAGUGACAGAGCGGAGUCAGCGCAUGCUGAAACGCACAUUGCCCAGAAGUCGCCAACUGUCUGCAGAACCAAUAGCUAAGUACCACUUCAGAAUGUGGCCUUCAGAUUAGCAGAACAGUAGUGCGUAGAGAGCUUCAUGGAAUGGGUUUCCAAGGUCGAGCAGCUGCAUCCAAGCCUUACAUGACCAAGUGCAAUGCAAAGCGUCGGAUGCAGUGGUGUAAAGCACGCAACCACUGGACUCUAG